AUGAACCGCGAGGAGCAGUACUACGCGGCCACGCAGCUGUACAAGGACCCCUGCGCGUUCCAGCGGGGCCCGGCGCCAGACUUCAGCGCCAGCCCCCCUGCGUGCCUGUACAUGGGCCGGCAGCCCCCGCCGCCGCCGCCGCCGCCGCCGUUCCCCGGAGCCCUGGGCGCGCUGGAGCAGGGCAGCCCCCCGGACAUCUCCCCAUACGAGGUGCCUCCGCUCGCCGACGAUCCCGCGAUGGCGCACCUCCACCACCACCUCCCGGCUCAGCUCGCGCUCGCCCACCCGCCAGCCGGGCCCUUCCAGGAUGGAGCCGAGCCGGGCGCCCUGGAAGAGCCCGGCCGCGUCCAGCUGCCUUUCCCGUGGAUGAAGUCUACGAAGGCUCAUGCGUGGAAAGGCCAGUGGGCAGGCGGUGCCUACGCAGCAGAGCCGGAGGAGAACAAGCGGACACGCACCGCCUACACCCGCGCGCAGCUGCUGGAGCUGGAGAAGGAGUUCCUAUUCAACAAGUACAUCUCCAGGCCGCGCCGCGUGGAGCUGGCCGUCAUGCUGAACUUGACCGAGAGGCACAUUAAGAUCUGGUUCCAAAACCGCCGCAUGAAGUGGAAGAAGGAGGAGGACAAGAAGCGCAGCUGCGGCCCCCCGGCUGCGGGCGGCGGGGACGCGGAGCCCGAGCAGGACUGCGCGGUGACCUCCGGCGAGGAGCUGCUAGCGCUGCCACCCCCGCCGCCCCCCGGCGGUGCCGUGCCGCCCGCGGGCCCCGCCGCCGCCCGAGAGGGCCGCCUGCCGCCAGGCCUUAGCGCAUCGCCGCAGCCUUCCAGUGUCGCGCCCCUGCGACCGCAAGAAUCUCGGUGA